UCUCCGUUGACUGUGCUUGAUCUUCAAAACUUCUUUCGUUCCUCUCCCUCCAAAUACGCCACCAUAACCAUAUUGGAACCAUCUUCCAUAUAGAGGCAAUCUGAGAGUUACCCUGGAUAGCUUUCCAAGAAGCAAGGAGGUCUAGUGUCCGUCUCGGCAUCACCCAAGCUAAUCCCACCCGAGCAAGAACUUCAUUCCACAAUGUCUUGGCAAUCUCACAAUAUAGUAGUAGAUGAUCAAUUGACUCUCCACUCUUUUUACACAUACAAAACCAAUCCAAGAUUAUGAUGCGACGUUUCCUUAGAUUGUCUAGAGUGAUGAUCUUCCCCAAGGAAGCUGUCCAUUCAAAAAACUUUUGUCUUCCAAGUACUCUUCCAUAGGAAUGAAUUUGCACCGUGUAUUGUCAUGGCUUUGUGUUCAGAUCACUUGAAACCAAUUCUUCCAAACAGUGACAGAUGUUCCAGAAGAUUUUGACCAUUUACCUCUAGGAUUUUUCUCUCCGUACACUUAUAUCCUAAGCUACAUCGAUUGUUCUAUGGCUGGUGAUUCACUAGCAUUUCCUGGUCGAUAAUAGAGAGGUGUAUUAUUGUAAGGAUGGAAUGCUCGAAGGUAGUCCUGAUUAAAGACAUUUGAGAUUUCAUUCGUAGGAAGUCGAGCAUUGCGCAUCAUAUAGAGAGGAAGGAAGGUGACUAAUCGAUACUCCCAACAAUGAACUGGGUUGUGCAGACUUUGGAUGAAUGCUCUCGUUCGGAAGGUAAUAAGGAAUUCAUCAGAACAUCCAGUCCAGGCAGCAAUGCUUACAUAGCACAAAGGUCUGUCAAUUUUGGUCUGACCUCUAACGACUAUGGUCGAUAUCUGACCAUAGUACAGUACAGAGACGGAGGAAGGAGAAGCCUCAUCAUCAUCCCUGAAGAAGGGGAUGGUAAAGGUUCGAGGAAUAUGGCAAUGGAGCUUCGUGCGAUGUAUGGUAGUGUGGGAAAAAUUGGUGAGAAGGAUUAGAGGGGGUUUGUUACUCUCGAACAACAAGUGCACAAAAGCUCCAAGUGGUGGAGUUGCCCACAAAUCAUACGCCGAAGCAGUAACUAGUGCCGCACCAGCCAUUAGAGGAGUUGCCAGGAAAACAGAGGAGAUGAGAAGUGUAGGGUUGCCAAACUAGGGAACGAAGGGUAGUAUGGGUAUUUUGAAGGAGAUAGAAGGUAACGUUAAGAAGAAGAGGAGAGAGAAGUUGGCUAUUGUGUCGAAAGCCAGAGACAGUUACGCAGGAAAGGAUGAAGGCUCUCUGUUCAAGGGGUGAGGUGCAAAGAAAGUUAAUCUGAGUAUCAGAGAUGAACUAUUUGAACUGAGGGGGCGAAUCAAUGUUUUAAUCCACAAAAUAAAUCAGGAUAUGGGCUUGGGCUCGAGACAGGGAAACAAGCCCAUUAUGCUAGGUCUAGGGAGGCUCAGGAAAAUAAGUUGGGCACAGAAGAAAGGAGGGCUACAUGGGCCGAGAAAGAGAAAAUGAAGAUGGACACAACAGACCAUCCGGCCCAGCAAUAGCGGGUCAAAAUUCCAAGUCACCCGAUCUUCGAAAUCGGGUUGACAUCUGGAGCUGCAACAACAUCGUCGGAGACGACGUCACUCAGGUCGGGGACAUCACAGACAAGGUCGACUGAGGGCGAACCAGCGGUUGACAUCUAGGCUACCGUGGUGGCGGCGCCGACGAUAAGAACAAUAGCUACGGAGCUUGGUUCUAAAGCAGAAAUGUCCGUCCGACACUUAGGAGUCGACGGGAACACUCUGAUCUCUUCACAGACAGUGCCGAUCAUGGAAAUCGAAGGGUGUAUUACGGGGGAGGAAGAAAUUCCAGGCCAUGCUUUGGUAGUGGUUGACUCGACUGGGGGCCAAGGAGAGUAUUUGAAGAUGGUACAUCAUGACUCAGACCAGUUGGGGGAGGCACAAGCAAGUCCUUUGGUCAAUGCAGCUGCUCACUGGGUAGAACCGGCUCCACUGGUAUCUAUCCACCCAAGCAACAGUAGCAACAUUCAUGCCUCAAAUUGGGUAUUACACAAGGCAAAAGAGAUUCAAAGUUGUGUGGGAAUCUUGUGUGAAGACUGAGGACCAAUUCAUAGUUUUCUUGGCAGCAAUUGAGGCUGGACAGUCUAGGGAGCUCAAUUCUUCUAAGAAGAAAGCUAGAGAAUUAAAAAGGCUUGAUUGGACAGUCAAUGUUGGAGUAAGCGAGAAGAGCUCUAACCGUAGAAGACCGAAGGGAAGGGAAAUGGAGGUUUUUUUAUGAAACUAAAAAUUGUUUCAUGGAAUGUAAGGGGUGCUGAAUUAGAAGAGAAAGCGCCUCAAAGUUAGAAACAUGCUAUGUAAAUGGAGAGUGGACAUUGUAUGUUUGCAAGAAACGAAACGAAAUUAGAAUUUAUUCCCCUUUGCAUUAUAAGGAGUUUGUGGGGUGGCAUUACCUACCAUCCCAAGGGGACUCGGGUGGCAUCUUAGUGAUGUGGGAUGAAAGGGUGGUGGAAAUGAUGGAGGAAUGUUUAGGGGAUUUUACGGUGGCUUGUUCCUUUAAGAAUGUUGUAGACGCUUUUCGGUGGGCUUUUGCUAGAGUUUAUGGCCCAAAUAUAGAUCGUACUUGAAGUUUAUUAUGGGAUGAGUUGUCAGGACUAAGUAACAUAUGGGACUUACCUUGGUGUAUUGGUGGCGAUUCAACGUCACUCACUUCUCGAGUGAAAGAUCGGGUGGCUCUAGUUUUAACCCAACUAUGGUGGAUUUCUCUACUUUUAUUUUUGAACAUGAUUUACUGGAUAUCCCUCUUGCAGGUGGCUCUUUCACUUGGUCUAGCAACCGAGAACUCCCCUCUUGGUCAAGGAUUGAUAGAUAUCUAGUAUCACCCGAAUGGGAAGCACACUAUCUAGAUCUCAUUCGAAAACGACUCCCCAGGUUGUGUUCAGAUCACUUUCCUAUCCUCCUUGAUUGUGGAGGUCUCCGCGGAGGCUCAAGGUACUUCAAGUUUGAGAAUAUGUGGUUGAAGUCAGAAGGAUUUCUUGACAAAGUAAGACAGUGGUGGUCUUCUUAUCACUUCUAUGGAAAACCUAGUUAUGUCUUGGCAUGCAAAUUGAAGUCCUUGAAGAAAGUUUUGAAGGUAUGGAACGAGCACGUGUUUGGUGAUGUGGGAGGCCAAAAAAAUACUCUUUUCAAGGAACUCAAAGGUUUGGAGGGAGUGGAAGAGGAGAGAGAACUAUUUGAAGAGGAGAGAGCUCGCAAAAUCCAAGUGACAAUGGAUAUUGAAAGGGUCUCUCUAUUGGAAGAAAUAUCUUGGAGACAAAAGUCGAGAGCACUAUGGUUGAAGGAAGGGGAUAAAUGUACCAAGUUUUUCCACCGAUUAGCUAAUUCACAUAGAAGAAACAAUGCCAUAGAGACACUGAUGAUUGAUGGGGUGACUUCCUCAAACCAAGAUGAGAUCUCUAAUCAUGUUGUAAAAUAUUAUGAGAAUGUACUCUCAGAACAAUUCUCCUGGAGACCAAGAUUAGAUGGGCUUACUUUCGACGUCCUCGGCUCGCAGGAAGUUGAAUAGCUUGAACGACCGUUUGACGAGACAGAGGUCAGGGGAGUUUUGAAAAGCAUGGCAGGUGACAAAGUUCUAGGCCCGGAUGGAUUUUCUAUGACUUUUCCAAACAUGUUGGGAAGUGCUCGAAGAAGACGUAAUGGGGGUCCUUCAUGAAUUUCAUGAAAGUGGGAGGUUUGAAAAAAGCCUUAAUGCAACUUUUAUCGCGCUCAUUCCAAAAAAAUCGGGAGUUGUAGAGGUUAGUGAUUAUCGUCC